AUGGCACCGUCAGGAGAUCUUUUACUUUUAGUCCACAACGUCUCAAGUAUUAGUGUGGAUUUCAAGGGACCUAUGGCUACAUCUCAAGAAUUAAGAUCAAGAUCCUUGGAGUCAUGCAGGACCUCAAUGAAAAGUGUGGUGUUAAUUCCAACAGCUAUGAACCAAGGAGAUAUGGUCAAAGAUCCCAAAUUGAAGCGCACAGAGGCCACUGUCGAGCCAGGUCCAGUGGCAGAGAGCGACAACGACAGACUCAAUCAGUACAGGAAUAUGAAAUUUCGGAGAGAAAUUCACAACUUUAGAAAUCAUCCAUGUGUUCUGAAUUGUAACCAGAAUCAGUGUCCUGCGCUGAAGGAGAGGUUGGAACAUCACAGAUGUGCAAACUAUCGUCACCGCGCCAAAACGAAUGCUACAAAGAAAUAUCGAGACCAAGGAAUAAACGUGUCACCUGCUUGGUCAGAAUUAACGCUCCCACAGAUCACGAUGCCAAUGGUAAGCGAUGGCAAAGCAAUACAAACGGAGAUCACACUAGAGGACUUCAUUCUUCAAAAUGAGUCAAUUACUGAUACUUUAAAUUACCUCAAAGAUUUAUCACAGAAUGGAAGUAACAGCAGAGAAGAAAUACCAAAAAUAAUGUUCUACAAAGAGCAUCUACAAAACGAAAUACUUGACUGGUUACAGAAUGUCCCGAUAUUUUACACUCUAGAUUUCACAGUAGACUAUCUAAGAGAUAAUAUUGUAACUGUAUUUGUGGACAGGAUUGCACUACUAGUUCCGCUAAUGCACGAAGAGAGUUAUGCUGCAAGUGUCAAAGCUGAAAUUGAUGACUGCCUGAAUAUACUACCCAUUUGGCUACCAAACUGCCACCAAGAACAGAUACAGUUCAAAAAUAGCUUAAGAGACAAACUGUAUUAUAAAAUUGAAAAGUUAAACGAAAACAUUGACAAACCUGAUUUUAAUAUAAACGAUGAAAACUUCACGGAGUCACAAGAAAAGGAACUAACAGAUUUCACCAGUUUAUAUGUAAAAGUAGUUAACAGCUGGCUUCAUAAAAUUAAAUUUAACAAGUUAAUUUCAAGAAAGCAUGUAAUAGAUGUAAUGAUGGAACGAAUAUUGCCAUUACUAAAUGAGCCCUUGCAUGUAAGUCUCUGCAAAACUAACCUUAAAAGCAGAAUACUUGACAUUCUAGAUGAUUUACCAAUAAAUUUGCUUAGUGCUAAAAAUAGAAAUGUACACUUAAACAGAUUUUCGGAAGAUCUUGCGAAUAGGCUGUUAAGUGCUCGAGCAAAAUUAGAAUCUCCUGAAAAGUACGUUGACGAAAAAUUAUCUGCCCAUAUGACUGGGACAACGAUUUAUAAUAAGCAAUUAAAACAAACUGUACAUGACACGGUUACUAAAGCCUUAGGAAAGACAAUGGCAAUCACAAAAUGCAACGUAGAAAGAGAACUGCGUGAUGUUAUAUUAAAUUGUCUUGACGCUUUACGCUCGGGGAUUGAAAAUAAUGUCAGCAAUGAGAUAUGUGACGUUUUACGUAGAACAUGCAAUAUUACUGAAGAAAGGGCAAUGAAAUUUGCGAAGAAAAUUAAACUCUACAUAAAAAUAGCAUUGAAACACGAAAAGGCUAUUAAAGAAACCAGUUUUCAUUCUAUUCAGCCUCGGCUGUCAGGCACCAUGAGUAUUUAUAGAUCCAGUGAAAGUUUUCCUAUCACAUCAACUCCAAAGAAACCAGUUAAAAAAGACACGCCUAGGUUGAAUCCAGAAGAAAUAGCAUAUAUGAAACAAGUGGCAGAUUUAGUAAGAGCCUGGAUGCAAGUCCUACCAAAGAAUUUCGAUGAUGACGUUGAAUAUAAAGAGACUAUUAUUAAUGAUAUAGCAGGCGAUAUAAUGGAUGAAGUUAAACGACAACAGUUAUCUCCUGAAGUUGACACAGAAAAAGAUAAACAUAUACAUUAUUUUAUGUACAGAUGGCUCUCAAGAUUUGAGGUUUUUGAAGACCUUAAUGAAGCCAAACCUCUUAUUGAAAACUUUCUUGUAAAACUAAAGCAAAUACCUGAACCGCAGCUGACGGCACCACAGCAUGGAACACGACAAGCAAUGCGUAAUUUAAAACACUUAGAGGCUGAGAAUGGAUGGGAAGAAGAAUGCAUACCAACAGGCAUAGAUAUCCUGGAAGAUCAAAUAUCCGUUUGGAUGAAUGAGCAACCUCCAGAAAUCUACACUAGUGACAAUAGAAAAACCCGUGCCAAACAUAUAAAAGAUUUGGCAUUAAAAUUACAAGACCAUCUGCGAAAUAAGCAUUCAGAAGAUGAAAUAACUGAAGAAAUUAAUGAAUGGCUGAAACAGAUCGUUAAAUCUCAAGAAAAAGAACAUUUAGGAUUACUUACGCAAUAUCUUAAAGAUAAAAUAAUUAACAUUCCUCAAGACGAGACUUUAGACGCAAGAAAUCAGAAGAGAAAGAGACAAAAAGCUGAAUAUCGACAAAAUGUAACGAGCACAGCAAGCCCUGCACCUGAUGACGCAGUUAGUCUCCAAGAAGACCCAGAAGAAACUAUGAAAGAGUUCAUUCUCAAGUACGUGGAACACAACUAUGAUAUUGACGACCCCAUGGCAAAGGGCGCAUUUUGUCAGUUGCUAAAAACUGAACUAAGAAAGCUAAGUCCUUCUACAAGGCAAGAGUUAUAUGACAAUUUUCCAACCACCGAACUUUUUACAUCAGAAAAAUUUGCAAACGAAUUGGAAUACAUAAGCAUGAUAUCAGACUGGUUGAAAAAUAUACCUAUUAAUCCUUUGUAUAACACACCAGGUAAUAGGGCUCGCGUGGACUUUGUUAAUGAUCUUGCCAGAAAUAUUCAGGAGGCAGAAGAGCAAAGAAAAGAAUAUUUAGAUGGAAUGGACUACGAUUUGUUUUUGUCAUCUGUUAUAAGUAUUUCUUUGCGGACAUAUAAUUUACCCAUACUACCUGAACAUAAAGACAACAUACCGUUAAUGAUUAAUCAAUUACUAUCGAAAAUAAUUGCUAAACGUUCUUUGAUCAAUCAGCAAGAGUUGGCGACAAACAAAGUUACCGAAAAAAACUUAAGUGAAUUCAUUGACCAAUUCAUUCUAAUUAAUAAUAGGGAGAUAAAUGAUGAUGAAGUGAAGCGAGAAGCUUGGACUGCUCGACUUGUUAAAGAAGUUAACAAAAUACUUCACGAGGAAACAGAUCUUUCAAAGCUAACUAAGACUCAAGUUUAUGAAAAACUGUCACAGGUUCCAAUUCCCGGCAAAGCUUCAGUAAGACGGUUUAGCUUAGAAAUGGCAUAUGUAAAAGAAAUAGCUGACUGGUUGAACAACUUGCCUCUUUUAUCAAUCACAGACUUACCUGAAGCCGAAAAAGAAAGGAUUAAUAUGAUAUCCGAAUUGGCUGAACGGAUUUCAGAAAGAGAAACGAAGAAAAGUUCUGAUCCAAACGAUAACAUAGCUGAAAAAAAUUUAGUUGCAUAUAUUACCAACUGGAUAUCAAAAUUACCUUUGGACCCUCGUAAAAAUCUUGUUGUACCAAUUUUAAUCCAACAACUCAUGAAUAGAAUAGAAAAGAUCAAUAGAAAAGAUAUAACAUUACCUGACGACUCCUGCGAAGUAGAUAAAAGUUCAAGUAUCAAAUCAGAUACGGUUAUUAAUAAUGAUAAAGAUAUCAGAGAUCCUGGAACACACAUAGUGGACUCAAUAGAAGCCUGGUGCAAUAGGUUGCCUAUUGAAGGGAACGAUCAAGAUUUUAUAAAGAAUAUGAAGCAAGAAAUAGCUAGAAAAUUAUAUCAAAAGAUUGGCGAACUUAAUGUAAAUCCCAGAAUAUACAACGAUGACAUUCUUUAUAAAAGCUUAUUAGAAGACGAGAUUGAUACUAUUUUAGAAAAUUUACCUCAGAAUACUGAACUGCAAAAUAAGAGAAACGAUUUAAAAACUGAGUUAUUAAAUAUCAUUUUAGAAAUGAAAAGCAUCAUUGCCAAAAAUUUAGCUGGUGAUAAUUACAAACAUAAACUUGAGACUACUAUAGAUGCUGCAAUUCCGAACCCAGUGCAGAAUAGACAGAUAAUUGAACCAGGAUUUGAGAUAUACAAAAAACAUUUGGCCAAUAUGUUUAUAUUGGAUAAUUUUGACCACAGUGAUGAUGAAAUUAAAAAUAAAUAUGAAAAACGAAUAAGAGAAGAAGUUGAUAAAUAUUUUGAAAGUGCACUAAAAAGGAAUGCGCUGCCCAUGACGAGAGCUCAGAUGUAUAACGAACUUUAUAGUGAGUUAUUUAAAGUGCCUAUGCCUAGUGAGAAUUCCGUGGUAGAUCAAGUAGAAGAAGUUAAAACGAGAUGCGAAGUAGAUGCAUGGUUUGAUGAUUUACCCUUAAGAGAGGCAAGUGGUAUCAGUGAGUAUUUGGAGUGGGAUCAAAUUUUAUCGACACUUGCUAAAAGGAUUCAUGACAUAGAAAAAUAUGAAGCAAAUUCUGAGGAAAAAAUCCGCAAAGAAAUCAGUAAAUGGCUUCAAAAACUCCCACUGUUAACACGACAACAAUCUAAUAUUGAUCAUUAUAUUAAUAAACUUCAGAAUACCUUAGAAUCGAGUGCAGAGGCUAGAAAGUAUGUUGCGGCUAAUCCAAAAGAAGCAAUCAACACAGUAAAAAAAAAUCGACCUGAUUUGCUGCCAAAAGUGGAUCAAGAGACAGAACCUGUCGCAGAGGGCAAAAGAUGCAACUUUGCCGCUACUUCAUAUAAAAGACCUGGAGACUUAAUAGUGGAAAUAGUAGAGAAUUGGUGCGAUGAAAUAGAAUUGAUAGGGGACGAAGUUCAAAACAAACUAAUUCAAGAUAACCUAUCAACAAAAAUAAUAAUGGAAAUAUGUAAAUUGAACAUGGACGUAAGAAUUUUGAACGAUGAUAUAGUUUACGAUCAGCUUCUUGAUGAAAAACUAGAGAAAUGUAUGUCUAAUUUACCUACAAGUCAUAAUUUUCAACAAAGCAAAUCUGAAAAGAAACAACAAUUAAUAGAAAUGAUACGACUUAUAAAACCACAGGUUAAAGAAGGCAAUAAAAAACACGAAUAUAAAACGGAACUAAAUGAUACAAUCACUAGCAUUUUAAACGACCACAAUGAGACUGCUGAGAAGUUACUAGAAUUCAAUAAGCUAAAAGAAGAUAUUAUAGAUAAUUUUGUGCAGUUCAACUAUAAUCAAGACGAUGAUGAAGCCAAAGAAAUAUAUAAGAGGAAUUUACACGAGGCUGUAGUCAAAUAUCUCGAAGGUGUAAAAGAUAAAGGUAAACAAUUAGACCCGUUAAUUCAAAGGAACCAAUUGUUAUGUGAGUUAUUAAAAAUACCUGUACCAAACAACUCAUUAUUGAAGGACGAAGUAGAUGAAAUAAAGAUGAAACAAGAAAUAGAGCAAUUUUUCGAAGAAAACUCUUUAAACGAUAAUACGGCGAAAACGACACAAACUAAGAAAGUACUUGCCAAAAGGCUGAAUGACAUCGAGAAAUCAGGGCAUGAUAAUUUUAACGAUGAAAAAAUGAAAAGUGAAAUUAGUAAAUGUUUAAAUAAGUUGGAUAAAGAAGUCAAUCCUGAGUUAAUUGAAGAAUUUGUAAAGAUCCUCAAAAAUAAUGAAGCUGAAAGAAAGAGACCUCCGAAGAAUGAUAAUCAGGAUAAAUUUACACCUGGUUAUAGAUCUGCAGGGCCUAUAAAUGGUAGUAUGCCAACUCCCCAAACUCCAUUAUUUCACCCUGGAAAUUCAUACCAAGAAAAUAGUUUGACUCCUCAAGUAGGGUCUCAUAAACAAGGUCAAUUUCUUCAAGUACCUCCUCUACUGGACCAGUCACACUGUCGAUCUAAUCAACAGUGGAUAUCUUUGGAACCAGCAACACCAAGAAAAGAUGGUACUGUAUAUUAUGAGCCGUCUAACGUACGUGAAUUUGGCAUAGAUUUGGGUAAAAUGAGCAAUUGUCGCGACAUGAUUCAGCAUCAACCGGAAAAUUAUGGAGGCCGUGAAAACGGAGCUCACCAAAACUCUUUUCUAAGUCCUCAAGGUUAUAAACGCAUCCCUAUAAGCAAAAAUAAUGUUGGACUUGGUCAAAAGGUCGCUUCAAGUCCUCCUCUAGAACCUGCACAGAACUAUUCUGUACCUUUUCAACAUGGUGCGGAUGUGAAAUCAGACAGAAGCCCACCGCGUAAUUUUCGUUGUUCUAAUCAAAACCGAAUUCGAAGUCCACUUCAACAAUCGCAAAAUAAUGGAAAUUAUAAACCAAGCUCAAAUCAACCGGUUAAUUAUCCUCAACCAGCUCAGUACAAUCAGAAUCAGCCGUUAAAUUACAACGAAUUCAUGAGGCGGUAUGGCGUUUCUGAGAAGCGCGGUGAUGUGAGUCAAACAUCUCUGAAGGGCCAUUACAACAGUAAUACCAUAAGGCCUUACGCACCUUCGGUUUCAGAUCAAAGAUCGAUCAGUGAAGCUACAAGCUACCGGAAAGUUGCAACCCCUCGUCAAAUCCAAAGUGAAGCACAUGAAUACGAGCUCUGCCCGCCCCAGGAUGUUUCACCAGACUCUCUGUUUCAAUCGCCGGUGACUGCGCCCAGACGUUUAUCGAGUCUUUUAACGGUACUUUCAGGGAAUCCGAGCUGUUCCUCUCGUGGUCUUCGCCCGUCCUUGAGACCUUCGGGCAGAUCAUCUCCAUUCUACUGUCCAACUACAGGUACUAAGAGGAGCUCGAGGAUCUGCGACACUUCAGAUGUAUUAAAACCUUGUGUAUGUGACUCGAGAAAGAGGUGCAAGCCUGGAUCAUAUUGUAUGGUUCCCGUGGAAGAAUAUUGUGAGGAGUGUGGUGGAUUUACUCCGACAUGGUGUAGGAUGCCCAUACGUGGAUGUUUUUUCAUGCACUGCUUCUAA